GCUCUCUGGACCGCCCCCGUGCACGAGGGCGGUCCUUUCCUGUCCGGUGCUACAGGGAUACCAAGAUGGAAAUCCAGGGGCUUUCUGGUGCCCCAAACAUUCACAUUCAACAUGGCGCCCUACGCAGGACCGCUUUGUCUCCUCUUCAAUCAGCGGCAGGGCCGAUACCUUUCUUUAUUUCCACCGGAAACGAAGCGGAUGGACUAUUGGGGCACCCUGAGCCACAAAGUGACAAUAACAACAACAACACCAGGCCGGGGACAUUACCAUUUCACCUACUGGCGGAAAAUGGCAGCGGAGCGGCUGGUUCGCCUUUCAGCGAACCGCAAGCAACCGAUAAAACAAACAUACUGGGCAAUGGACCGAAUGUCGUACUUCAUAACAUGAACACAGAGAAAGAAAAUGAGCUCGAUGCGCUUCUCGGUUCGCGGGGAUUCUCACGGACUGCCUGGAAAUACGGGGUAGAGUGCGGGGAUAUCGUAAUGCAAAUGGCGCUGCCUCUGUUUGAAGGGGAAGACGAGCCGGCGCCACAGAGAGGGUUCACGUUACCGGAUCCAGCUUUACGGCAGCAGCGCGAGGACGGCGCCUUCAAGCAGCCCUCACUGGUGAGCCACAGCGCUGCGGUGCCCGGGAGCUUCACCGGGGCGAACAGGGCGGACAAAACCUCUCAGGAGCUGUGUGUUGUUUUUAAUGUCCGCGGGGAGGCGAGUAAACAGCGACCGGACGUGUUCCCCGAGGGCGGCGGUCGAGUGAAAGGUACAGUUAAAACCCCCGAGUGGUCUAAUGCAAGUCCCCCCGCCUCCAUGGAGGUUGGAAACAGCAUCGGCGUUAUUCUUAAUGAAGCUAAUGAUAACGUGAACUGUCUCGAUAGCCUGAACCCGAAAAAACCCGACCAUGUUUUACAUUUACAAAACGACAAUGCCACCGCGAGUAUUGCUAAACACGCAGUAUUUCACCACACUGUCGAAGACGUUGUUUUGACAAACAAAUAUGGCGAUAAGAUCUGUGGCCAGAUUUGCACCGAAAACAAUGGAAGUAAACUGGUCCGGGAGCUCUCGCAGCCCUCUCGUGUGGAGGAGAGCAAUGCCUUGAUUUCAGGGGGCUCGAGCGUCGCGGAAGCCAUGGACGCCUCGGACUUUGGGCCCGACUCGACGGGGCCGCAGGGCAGCGCGAACCCGGCCACGGCCUCCGCGAGUCCGCCCGCGAGCGAAACCUUUUCCGGCACCAUCACAAUAAACAACCAAAGCAUAAUAGUGACGAUUGAAAACGGCAUACUGACUCUCGCAGCCCCACCAGAGGGAUAUGUGCACAAAGAGGACGACAUGGUGAGCUUAAAGGAGCACCUAGGCAUGAAAGACCACGAGGACAUUGUUCUUCUCAACUAUGACAGCGGCUCUAAAUCCAUCGGGAAGAUCAGCACCCUGGCGGUGUCCAGCUCCGGCCAGCAGGAAGAGCCCAGGCCCGGUCUGUCUGCCAGCGACUCCGAGCUGGCCCUGGUGGACGACUGCUCACUGUCGGAGCUGGGGACAUCUCUGGACCCCUGUCCCUUGGUUAAGCAGGAGGCGGGGACGCUGUGCGCUGUAACGGAGGCCGAUCUCGUCACCCUGUCCCCCAAAGCAAAUGUUGCAGACUGUGAGAGUGGGGAGUUCCAGUCCGGGCCGCUGGUGCGGUCCAAGAAGGAGACCGUGGCUGCUUUCGGGUGCCCAGAACCGGGCUGCUGUAGUAUCUUUGAUACACGUCAGAAACUCAAAGUUCACCUCCUGCACCAUGCCGAGGACCCACGUCCCUACCAGUGUACCGUGGAGGGCUGCGGCUGGGCCUUCGCCACCUCCUACAAGCUGAAGCGGCACCUGCAGUCCCACGAUAAGCAGCGGCCGCACACCUGUCUGUUCGAAGGUUGCGGGCGGUGUUUCACCACAGUCUACAACCUCAAGGCUCACGUCAAAGUCCACGAGCAGGACAACGCUUUCAUCUGCGAGAUCUGCAGUGAGAGGUUCCGCAGUGCUACGCGACUCGCCAAUCACCAGAGGGUCCAUUUUGAGCCGCAGAGGCCCCACAAGUGUGAAUUUCCAGGCUGUGAGAAAACCUUCAUCACCUUCAGUGCCCUGUUCUCUCACAAUCGCACUCACUUCAGAGAAACGGGCCACUUCACCUGCACCUAUCCGGGCUGCGACAAGACAUAUGACAAGGCCUGUCGUCUCAAAAUUCAUAUGAGAAGUCACACAGGUGAGAGGCCGUUUGUCUGUGACUCGGAGGGCUGUGGCUGGUCCUUCACCAGCAUGUCAAAGUUGCUCCGACACAAACGGAAACACGAGGAUGACCGACGCUUUGUCUGCACAGAGGAGGGUUGUGGGAAAUCCUUCACUCGGGCAGAGCACCUCAAAGGUCACAGUAUCACCCAUCUGGGUACCAAACCCUUCCAGUGCCAUGCAGAAGGCUGUAAUGCCAAGUUCUCAGCACGCAGCAGCCUGUACAUCCACUCCAAGAAGCAUAAGCAGGACGCCAGCACCUUGAGGACUCGCUGCCCCGUGGCCAACUGCUCCAAGCACUUCUCCACCCGCAGCAGCCUUAAGAGCCACAUGCUCAAACACCACCACCUCAGUCCUGAUGUUCUCAGCCAGAUGGAAACCACGCCCACCCUGACCCCCAGCAGCGAGCUCAUCAGCUCUACCCCGACAACAGUUGCUGGGCCCGGGCCCGGUAUUGCAGGGGUUGACCAGCUGACCAACCUGGACCUCAGCUCUCUCUUCUCUGCUGUCCCUGGGGGUGCUGCACCCUGUGCUGGCAUUGGGGUGGGGUUGCCUGUCGCAGGGAGCAGCUGUAGCGGCCCUUUCACCAUGGACCUCUCCUUGGUCAGCUCAGGCAUCCUCGCUAUCGACCCCUCCUCUGUUGGCCCCGCUCUGGUAACUGGGACUAGUACGGCACUGGGCAAAGCAGUGGAUCCUCUAAUCCUGGCAGCCAAUGCCGACAUGGGCCCCCACCACGGUUUGGAAGGAUCAGUGUGCGACAUCCUGCCCCCACAGGGCACUCUCAAUCUGAAUGACGUGCAGACAGUUACCCCGGAGGCCCUGGGAACCCUCACGGCUCUCACAAUGCAGGGUGCCGGUACCUCCGUGAACCCCACCCUGCAGCACCCACUCGGCAUCUCCAGUGCCCUGAGCGUGGAGCCAACCGCAUCCAUGGCAGUGGCCCCUGUUACCCAGCUGCUGGCCUCGCCUUCGAAGGCGGAGGAGGUGGUGGUCCAAGGUGGAGCGGGGCCUCUGCUAGGCUGCGUGGAGGUGCUUGGGUCUCAGGAAGGAGGGAAAGUUCUCACGCAGUUUGGUUUCCCCGGUCACAGCAGAAGCUUCAGCCCUCAGAAAGACCAAGAAGUGAGUGCAGUGUCACCAAGCAGUUUCCUGGAGAGUGGAGGCUCAGCUCGGACUGAUUACAGAGCCAUCCAGCUGGCCAAAAAGAGGAAGCAAAUAGGUCCUUCGGCCUCUUCUGGGCCUUCGGGAUCCAGUCAGAGGAAGAUUAAAGGACUGAAGGCAGCUUUGGCUCCCUCUGCUGUCCGUUAUAGUGAAGGAGCAGCAGCAGCCAAUGGAGGCUUAACCCUGCGUGACCCCGUCACCGGGGCCCAGUACGUCCAGAUUCAGCUGCUGCAGGACGAUUCUGCCAGUGAAGGGGACCUUGCCUUCCAGCUGAGUGCUCAACCGUCCAGCUCCCACUCUCAGCUCACUGCUGACCUACCUGUCAACAUUUUACAGGAACCUUCGGUGAUGACGGAGGACGACGACGGCUCCGACAGCUCCCAGUUCACAGGAAGCACCAUCAACCUCCAGGACCUGGAGUGACGACAGCUCAGUUUACACCGACAUGCGGCCGCCGCGUCUUCCCCUUUGGCCUUUGAGUGGCCUUUUGGGACGUGUGGUUCAAGGCCACAGAUAACGCACUUUGACUAGAAGGAGACGUGGGUUUGUUUCUUCUGGAGACUUUUUUGUGUUUAAGUCCUGUUUGUACCAAAAUGGAACUUGAGGACAUUCUCAUGCAAAAGAAUCAUGCGAGAGGCCCCCCUGGGUUUCCAUAGUAACGUUGUUGAUUCCAUGGUGCGCCACACACACACACACAGUGCACUGUUUCUGCUCCAGUUGCCUUACAGACAUUCCUUCUAAGCUUACUUCUGUUGUUUGAUUUCCUUUUCUAUGGCAGCAGCAACCCCAUGUUGAAAACAUGCCUGAUCAUGUGUUCAUAUGCAUUAUGUCUUGUAUUACUACCUUCUUGUAAUAAUUCAGUCUUUUUAUUUAUUAUUUAGCUGUGUAUUUACAGAAUGGCAGAGCCAAACACGGCUGAAUUAAAGAAUCAAAGCACAA